AUGUACAAGAAGAUAUUGGAUAUACUGAAAAAGGAUUCAUCGUAUUUUACUGUUGUAUUGGAGGCGCUUAAGUUGGAUUGCCGUGCUCAAGGGAAAUGUCUGAUGGGUGCUACUGAGAUGGGCCAACUAGCAAUGGAGUAUUUGGACGAUAGAAAGUUUGAGUUCAAUAAACUGGAAAAGGAAAUCAAGGCCAACAUGAAAGAAAGAGAAAGAACCCUGAAAUUAGUCCGUCGUGAAGUUGCUUAUCUGGUUGACUCAUUCCCCAACUUGAUUCGGAAAGAGGAGGCAACAAAUUUGGAUGAUUUAUAUGAAGAUGCCGAAGCAGGUAGUCACCAUUCUGUGCACUGGGAGCUUGAGGAAGUUAUGGGUAUUUGCAAACGACUUCAGAAAGAUACCCUAGUGUCAACAAUCGAUCAAAUAUUAUUGAGAUUAAAAGAGCAAACAUAUCAGACGGAGCGAUUAAUGAUGCAGUUAGCCGUGAACAGUGCCAAGAGAAAUGCGCUUAUAGAGGAUCGCAAACAUGCCCUCGUAAUGCUAGAUUCAUUGAAGAAUAUGGGCCAGGAGCGAACUGCUCAAUUUGUAAAGGAAAAGAAACAGCUGCGUGCACAAAUAGAAGCCGAGGACCGCGAAGAGAAGAACCUCAAAAGAUCCUUGGACGAGAAAGGAAAACUCAUUAUUGAAAUGAAAACUUCCCUCCAGCAAAUUAACGAGCUACUCUCAAGUGUCGGUGCGGCGAAUGCUCCCAGACCAUACGACCAAGUGCCGCCAGCGAUACAGUACGCCAUCGAAGAUAUGAUUCAACCAGUGCCAGAAUUAGAAGCAGACUUCGAUAAGCUGAUCCUGACUGCCCGUCAGAAGUUGAACGUACUGAUCCAAGCAGUGUCUAAGAUGGAAGUCACGGAGGAAGUAAAGGCCAAUGCUAAAAUCUUCUACCACAACAUUCUUGCGCGGUCAAUGCGCGACAACUAUAAGGACGAAGUGGUAGCGGAAGGAGGACUGAUCGAGUUCGAAAUGGAGGACCCGAAUGUGCCAGGUCAUGCCAUCAUAAAGCUGAGAAGCAAGCAACUGGUAGAUGCACAAGUCAGCGAGUUUGAUGUACCCGAGCCUUCUAAGAAGUAA